UACAACUGAAGCCAUUGAUGGAACAACUCAACAGAGUGAAAGAUUUGAAGGUUCCUGAAUUUGGGAGCCUGCAAGCAUGGGAGGCUCAAGCAAGUGCCGCUGGGCGUGCAGCAAAUGGUGAUUCUGGUUCCAAUGACCCCAGCAAAUCUUCCCAUGGCCUGGGCUACGGUGGAACACCACUGCCUUUCCUUGGAGAGACUAAAGUUGAGGUUGCAUUUGCUGGUGAAGGAAAGGAAGAAGAUGUCAAAUCUGAAAAUGCAAGCGCAUCUCUGAAAGUUUUGCCACCAUGGAUGAUCAAGCAAGGAAUGAAUCUUACAAAGGAGCAACGUGGAGAGGUCAAGCAAGAGACAAAGGUGGAUGGCAGUUCAGCAGCAGUUCCAUUUUCUGAUGACAAGAAAACUGUUGAAAGUGAUGAUCAGAAGAACUUACAGGAUGAGUAUGUGAAAGCUUAUUAUGCGGCUCUGCUUAAGAAGCAGCAAGAAAUGGCUGAAGCUGCUAACAAACAGCCGGAGUCAUCAAGCAUGAUAACCUCUGAUGGUUCUGGCACAUCUUCUAAUCGUCAAGUUGGUAUGAAGUCUAAACGUGAUGGAGAUGAACCAGAUGAUGAUGUUGAUUGGGAAGAUGCUCCUAUUGCAGGCCACACAAAUGAAGGUUACAAAGUUGGCGACUUGAAUGUUGAAGCAGAGGCUUCUGGAGAGGAUGAUGAUGAUGUGGACUGGGAGGAAGGUUGACACUGUUUUCUUACAUGGCAAAAGUGACAGAUUCACCGGCAUUUGAUUAACAUCAAGAAAGUGAGUCAUAAGUUGAAAGAAGACAAUGUUGAGGAGGCCUGAUAAGAAUCUAACCCUUCAAGGCUCGAGAAAAUUCAGGGUCAGUUCUAUAAUUCUACUGCUUUUUUUGGGGAUUCUUCUUUCAGUUUUACUUCUUAUAUAUGGUUGAUCUUUUUCAGGGUUCCUCAUAUAGACCAUGCAUAUAUACUUUUUAAAUCACGCAAACUGUGAUGUGAGUGACUGAAAUUUGUUUGAUGGAAGAUGGUCUUCUUGAUGAGCUACCAUUUUAGCUGACUAUGUUGAAAAUGUAUUAUGGGUCUGCCAUUACAUUUCGAUUAAAACUAGGUUUGAAUCUAUCAACGUCAUCUUUAGGCUGCUGAACUCAGUGUGUGUGAUAUGUUGAUAGACUUAAGAAGAAGAUAUUAAAUGUACAUCUGGAACUAAUAUGCCUGUAUUGAUGGCAUUUAUUCUCAGACCGGGACUUCAGUAACAUCUAAAAUAGUAAGGGUAUGUUUGGAACAAA